AUGAUUUCGUGGCUCCUUGGAGGAGAGUUGCCAAGAAGCAAAAUAUUAUGGAAUUUGAAAAAGUAUCACAAUAAAUUUUGUGUUCCUGAGAUUAAACAGGAUCCGAUAUGGAAAUUUAUUCAUGAUGCAACUCUUGAAUUUAAUGAGCGAGAUCGAGAAAAGCAAAGGAUUGAUUUUUAUAUGAAUGAACUAAAAUGGCGAUGCGGUCAAAAUAGCACAUGUUUUCGACAAGAAGUUGAUUCUCUAAAGGAUAUGGAUCUCUAUACGGGUAGCCCAUUUGUGCAAAAGCCUUCAACAACGGAUAUCCCAGCUAGCCAAGCUUAUAUACGAAGUGUUUACAAUAGAAUGAUGUGGAAAGAAUUGCGAACAUAUCAAACAACAACAAUUUUACAUAAUACAUUGAUGUUAAAAUGUCUUUUUGAAAAGAAAUUGAUUACUCCAUUGAUGGAAGAGAAUGGAAAUGCGAUUAUUUAUGAAAUGCAUCGAAGAGUUUUUCGAAUGGCAAGGAGGAGAUUGUUGAGAGUUGAUUCUUUCAAAAACCCUUACAAAUUCGUUGCUCUUCAAUCAAUGGAGAAAUCAGGAAUCCAUUCAGCUUUUGAUCAAUACACGAGAAAUCAAAAGAUAAUAGAUUCUGUUUAUAAAGAAUAUGAAAAGAUCUUUGAUCGAUUGAAAGAAUCAAAGACAAUGUUGGAUAUGAAAUUGGUGUUGAAUCGUGGAAUGAUUGCGGUCGAUUAUUUCUUGACAAAAUUUGAUUUGGCUGCUUUGUAUACACAAUUGAAACAGAUGGAAAUGUACAACGCGUUUAUGGUUAGAGGGAAAUUUAUUACACUGCUUGAUUUGGUCACACGAUUAUUUACAACAAAGGAGGCUGAGAAAAGCACUUAUUUCGCAACCGGUGUUCGAGUAUUAGCUCACGAGCUUGGCCACUCUUAUAUCACUCCAUAUUGGCAGGGAAUCGCUAAGAAUUGCACAAUUGAGCAUUAUAAAGAAACAUGUGAUAUAUUUAGAGAAAAAGAAUGCAAAAGUGGAGAGUUAACUUUCUUCGAAGAUUCGGCUGAUCUUUUUGGAAUACGAACCGCUUAUGAUGUUUUUGAAGAGGAAAUGGGUGAGAAGUUAACGGAUUUGAUUGAGGGAACGGAUCUCACCAAUCAACAAGCCUUUUUCUAUGCACUGGCCGGGUAUUAUUGUGCCGAUUUCCCGAAUACGCAACAUUUUGGAAAUGAUAUGCACUCUUCCUCACUUGCUCGUGUGAAUGGAAUGCUUCGAGGGUUUCCCGGUUUUCAAUCAGCGUUUGGAUGUAGUUUAGGGGAUCCUAUGUUUAUUCCUGAGGAUGAACGUUGUGACAUUUUUGAAGGAGGACCUUUUCGAAAGAGACCCGAAAAUGUGAUCGAUCGAUUGAUUCCAAGUUUCACAAUCAAUUUCAACGUCUUGCAAAACAAUGGAACAAUUAAAUUGGGAAUAAAU